AAUGUAUAUAAGAAAGGUUAUGAAGUAUUUUAGAACAUUGUCGUUUAGUAUUUCUAACGAAAAACAACUUCUUUUGCGUCGUCAUGGCACGUACCAAGCAAACCGCUCGCAAAUCCACCGGAGGAAAGGCUCCAAGGAAGCAACUUGCCACCAAGGCUGCUCGUAAGAGUGCGCCAGCAACCGGUGGAGUGAAGAAGCCACAUCGUUAUAGACCUGGAACCGUCGCUCUUCGUGAAAUCCGUCGUUACCAAAAGAGCACUGAGCUUCUCAUUCGCAAAUUGCCUUUCCAACGCCUUGUCCGUGAGAUCGCUCAAGACUUCAAGACUGAUCUUCGCUUCCAGAGCUCGGCUGUAAUGGCUCUUCAAGAAGCUAGCGAGGCUUACCUUGUUGGACUAUUUGAAGACACCAACCUUUGCGCUAUCCACGCUAAGCGUGUUACCAUCAUGCCUAAAGACAUUCAAUUGGCAAGACGCAUUCGUGGCGAACGUGCUUAAACGUUCAUCUUUUGUCCCAUCAUAAUCGGCCCUUUUCAGGGCCACUAAUUUUUUUUAACGUUGAACAUUUUAUUACAUUGCUUUUAUUUGAAAUACUAUAUAUUUUUCAAUAAAUUUUAAUAUGAAUAUUUCAUAACAACAAUAAUAAAAUGAUACCAUUACACAAUAAUAAAAG